UUCCGCUGCUGUAUAAUGACAUACAUAAUAACAUACACUGCAGGUACCUCCUCAUGUACAAGUACACAUCGAGUCACACUGCAGCUGGCGAUAGGUUUUUUGUUCGUCGUGAUGCAUUCGUACAUAGACGAUAAUACGUUUUUAUUUAUUGGUUGUAAAUGUAGUACCUACCGGCUGUAUGCACACAGUGGUGUGUUAUUACUUAUUUAUUAUAUAUUUUUGCGUUUCUAUUGCGGUAAACGAGUAGAGAAUAAUGGCGCAGACAUAUUGCAGUUGUAGCAGUUGUUAAGUUCCUUGCCAACCACUAACACAGUAGCUAUCCGCACCCCCCCCAACACCUUAUCAAUUUUGUUUGUAAUUUUGUAUUUUAAUAGUUUAAUAUAAUAAUAGAAACUCUGUUGCGACUAUACGAAUAUUUGGGUGUUUUCGUGUACUAUUCAGCUGACUUAUUAUUGUUUGAUUUUAGUAGUUUCUAAUGAACAAGUGGUUUUAAAUAUCAAAAUGACAUUGAACUAUAAAGGAUUUUUCGAUGACAUUUAAAAUUAAAAGUCAUACGACUAUUGUAAACUAAAAAUGACCACUCCAUGUCAACAUGAUUUGAUAGGCGCUUACUUAAAAUGAGCAAUAUCGUAUUCAAAUAUCUUGCACAUAUAAAAUAUGCUUCUAAACUAGAAAUAAUCGUUUUAAUUGUGUAAAAAAGUUUGCAGAUUUGAAAUCUUGGCUCGUAUAAUCUAGAUCAUGCCACAAUGUGAUAUUAUUCUGAUAAUAAUAUAGGUAUCAAUUUAAGAUCAUUAGUUGGUCUUAUUCAUCAAAAUAACUGGUAAAUAAUGAUUCAAUUGUAACUAUUGUCCACUAAGUAGCUGGCUACAAUCUAACUAUACUGGCCACACUAUAAACCAGAAAAAAAAACAAUACUAUUACCUAGUAUUUAUAACUAUUAGACUAACAAACUGUUUUUGAAAUUUGUCAUUAUAUGUUGAGCGCUUGUCUGACGCGAAUCUAAGCAUUCAAAGAAAACUUCAGAUAUGGACGCCACCCAAACAGACUCGAUCAAAUUCGUGGGACUAUCUCAUCGGUCCUUGUUAAUCGCCGCACUGGACUUGGCUGUCCAAGACGUCUGCAGGCCACCGCUGCCAAAAAAACUCGCAAGGAAAUCUCAGUCGUCGCCGGAGUUAACAGUUCUUUCAAUUGUGUACGGCGAAAAGAAUCCUGUUCCACACGUGUCAUCGGAAAUCCCACCCAAGCCUACACGUGGUUCAGCUUGGAAGAGAUCCAGAAGAUGCGUGUGGAAAUGCCUGUGGGAUUUCUUUUGGCACCGGCAAAACAGUCUCCACUCCGCCAUACACGGAAAAUACAUCCGACUCCAUUUUUCAAAAUCGACGUUCGUCGAGUCCAAUGUUUUUGUCAACUCCCUUCAUCGUUAUGAUUGUUAUUCUGCGACUCUUUGAGUUUUUCGUUGAGGACGUUCGAGGUAGUAGCAUACCUAAUUCUCGUACACUAAAACUACGAUAAUUUAAUAAUAUACAUAACAUGUAUUCGUUUGUCAAUGUAACUGUUAAAA